UGGGGGAGGGGAAGCGAGCGGCCGCCACCACGGAGCAUGGCCUGGGUGCACCCCAAAUCGAUGGCGGCUUCGCUCCUGCUGCUGCUGCUGCUCUGCUCGGCCACCGCCGCCACCACCCCCGCCCCCCCGCAGCACCCCGACCCCCCCGGCGCCCUCACCCAGCUCCGCGCCGCCGCCGCCGGUUACCUGGACCAGGUGGGUUCGGUGGCCGGUGACCUCCUGGUGCGCCUCAGUCUCCCCUCGGCCCAGGAGAAGAUCCGGGACGCCUACGAGAAGGGAUCGACGGCGGUGAUGACCUACACCGGUAUCCUCACCGAUCAGCUCUACCACUGGUGGCAAGGGGAGCAGUGACCCCCCCCCCAGCUCCUGUCGCACCAAGAUGGUGGUUAUGGGGUGGGGGGGGACCUUGAGGAACUUGGGGAGCCCCCCCCCCUCCCCCAAUCGUGUGUCACCCCCCCAAUAAAAGUUGGUUGGCUUGGU